AUGGCUCAAUUACUAAUAAUUUGGUUUAAUUUGGAAAAUCUCGAUGAGAAGCGUUUAUUUAUUGAAGCCGAAUUGGAAACAUUUAAACGAAAACGCGAUAAUUUACAAAUUAAAAUAUGGAAUUUACAAAAAGAUAUUCAUCGUAUGGAAAAAUAUCUUUCAAAAAUCAAUAAUUUAAUUCGAGAUCGAUUACUAAUGACAGAAAAUCCGAACAAUCUUCCAGUAAUCUAUUUCAUAACACCUACUUAUUAUCGACCAACGCAAAAAGCUGAUUUAACACGACUCGUUCAAACAUUAGUUCAUGUGCCGAAUUUGGUUUGGAUAGUUGUAGAGGAUGCCAGAGAAAAAUCGCAAUCUGUUGCUAAUAUUAUUCAACGAAGUAGGAUUCAGUCCAGCCAUCUGUUUAUGUUGACACCUGCUAAUAAAAAAUUGAAUGAAACGGAUCCGAACUGGAAGUUACCUCGUGGUGUUUUGCAGCGAAAUGCAGCUCUUAGUUGGCUUAGGACGAAUUUUGGCAGCUUGAAACAAGGUGUUGUAUAUUUCGGUGAUGAUGAUAACGCUUACGAUUUGCGCUUAUUUGAAGAAAUGAGGCAGAUUAAAAAAGUUGGUGUUUGGCCUGUAGGCAUCGUUGGUGGGUUACUGGUUGAAACUCCAAUAGUUGAUGAAAGUAAUAACUCCAAGAAAGUAUCGUCGUUUAAUUCAGUAUGGAAGCCAGAAAGACCUUUUCCUAUCGAUAUGGCUGCAUUUGCUGUUAAUUUAUCAUUGGUGAACAUCCAUAAGAGUGCAAUGUUUUCGUAUGAUGUUCCAAGAGGUUAUCAGGAAUCGCAUUUUUUGAGAUCUCUUGAUUUACAAGUUAGCGAUCUCGAACCAAGAGCCAAUUUUUGUCAGAGUGUUUACGUGUGGCAUACACGAACUGGAAAAGUUAAGUUAACGGCUAAGGAAAGGGAAAAGUUUCAAAACAGAUCUCUUUCCAAACUUGAAAAAAGUUCGAAGCAUAAAACUUUAAAUAGCUAUCAUGGAACACAUGCAUUACGUGAACGCGCUGCAAAAAUCAAACAAGGCAUUUUGAUCAUUAGAUUCGAGAUGCCAUUCAAUAUUUGGUGCCUUGGCUGCAAUAAUCAUAUUGGAAUGGGUGUACGUUAUAAUGCGGAAAAGAAGAAAAUAGGAAUGUAUCAUACAACACCAGUUUAUGAAUUCAGAAUGAGAUGUCAUCUUUGUGAAAAUUACUUCACAAUACACACUGAUCCUGAGGUUGAACAUGUUGAAGAAGACAAAGGUAAAGGAAUGAGUGCAUCCAAUCAGAUUGAGAAGUUAGAAUGGAUACAGGAACGAAUGCGAGACGAUUUUACUGCAAAUCAAGCUUUAAGACGAAAUUUCCGAGUCGAGAAGAAAGAAAUGAAAGAUCGCGAAAUAGCAGACGAUGAUUUACGAAAAAGGACAUCCCUUACCAUUAAUUUACUUCCUGAAACUUCUGAGGAUAAAAAGUUGGCUUCAUUGAUCAGGCUUCAUCAGCCUAGUAAAUCAUAUGAGGAACAAAGAGAAGCGACACGACUUGCUAUCACAAAUCGUUCUAUUUUUGCUUCCUCGAAAAAAUCAUCUGAUCAAUCAACUGAACGUAUUUCGAAGAAGAAGAAUCAAAUUAAAAUAAAAGACAACAACGCAGAUGCUUUUUCUUCGCCUUCAAGUUUUCAAGGUCCAAGCAGUGCGCGAAAACAGCUCGGUAUUGUUAUAAAGAGCCCUUCAAACCCUUUAACAAAAAGCAAUUUCGAAUCUCAGGAGGUAAAAACUGAUAUCAGUGAUCAUUCAACACAUGCAGAUGAUAUCAAAAAUGCUAAGGAUCAAGAAGAGUUUGCGUCCAAAAAAUCAUUAGUUGAUUAUAGCGAUAGUUCGGAUUGA